AUGACCCUGGCCGCCUCCUCCCAGCGCUCCCAAAUCAUUCGCUCCAAGUUCCGUUCUGCCCUGCGGCUGCGGAUCCACAGGCGGAAUCAGGACUCCAGUAAGUGGGAGCCCUGGAAGGGAGGGGGCUGGCAGCCAGAGAACCCCCUCAGCCGUCCCUGCAGCUCCGUCCCCAUGCUUGGGGACACACGGAGCCCUGAACCCCAUCUGGGUCUCUGGAGCUCCCCAAACGAGUCUCCCAGCAUCUCUGAAGGCCGGCGUGAGUUUCCAGAACACAGACAAGGGGCCAGGGCCGACCCCCAGGCCAGGGGCUCGGCCCUGGUCCCCCCUGUUCCGGAAGGCACCAGCUCACAACACCCACAUCCUAGGAUGAAGCCCACUCCCCUCUCGCCCUCCCUACCUGGGGUCCCCAACCCCUGGCCCCCCUCACACAAGCUGGAACUUCAGACCCUCAAACUGGAGGAGCUGACGGUCUCCGAGCUCCGACAGCAGCUGCGCCUGCGGGGCCUCCCGGUGUCGGGAACCAAGUCGACGCUCCUGGAGCGCAUGCGCGGCGGCGCCCCGCCCCGGGAGCGGCCGAGGCCUCGCCGCGAGGACAGCGCUCCCUGGCCACGCCUCCGGCCCAAGGCCUUGGGGACGGCCCGCCGCAAGGGCCCGGUGAAGCCGAGCGCUCUGUCUCUGGGGUCGCCUCCCCCUCGUGCGGCCCACGUCCCUGUGAGUGCCCCGGCUCCAGCUCCGGCUCCAGCCCCGGCCCGGGCCGCUCCCUCAGCACCGGCCUCAGCGGCCCUGACCCUAGAGGAGGAGCUGCAGGCAGCGAUCCGCAGUGCUGAGUUGCUUCCGAACCGGGGCAUCGAUGACAUCCUGGACGACCAGGAGGGGCCUGACGACCCGCUCCCCCCCAUCCCGUUGGACUUCCCUGGCUCUUUCGACGUGCUGUCUCCCUCCUCGGACUCCGAAGGCCUCUCCGUGUUCCCGUCUUCACUCCCGUCCCCGGCAAACUCCCCGUCCCUCUCUCCCGGGAGCCCCACGGACUCCUUGGACUGGCUGGAGACCCUGAGUGGGGGUCCCCCCUUGGGCUCCGACCCCCCGGCCCCCAGCAUCUUCUCGGCUGACUUGUCUGACUCUGGUGGCACCUGGUUAUGGGACUUGCUGGAAGAUCCGUGGUGA